AUGGUUGUCAAGAUUCGUCUGGCCCGCUUCGGCAAGCGCAAUUGGCCGCACUACAACAUUGUCGUCGCGCAAGCACGCACGGCACGCAACUCCAAGCCCCUCGAGGUUCUGGGCACAUACGAUCCCGUUCCCAAAGCCGACCCCUACGGUGCGCCCGAUAAACUACACAAGGACAUCGAGAUGGAUGUGUCGCGAGCCAAGUACUGGAUUGGUGUUGGGGCGCAGCCGACCGACCGCAUGUGGAAGAUUCUGAGCAUGGCUGGCAUUCUCCCCCCCAAGAAAUUCGAGCCUCCGACAGCAAAGGGGCAACCACCUGUGGAGGUCGACAAGGUGCGGAUCCGUUGA